AUGAGAUAUCUGCGUAUCUUAAUCUUAUGUAUCACAGCUGUGACCGCCAAUGUGUGCCAGAACGAUGCCCAGACUGCAGGAUCUCCUCUCUCUGGAAGUUUCGGAAUGGCCGGACUUACAUAUGUCUAUCUUUUUGAUAUUUUGGAAGACCAAGGCAAUGAAUUACUCUAUUUUAUUGGGUAUUUUGGUUCAUCUGCUCCAUACGACACAAUAAUCUACAAGUCAGACCCUGCCCUGGCCAAAGUGAAAGUGAUGACUUAUGAUAUCUACUGCAACUACCGUUCCUACGCCAUGUCUCCAAACAGGGAGUUCAUUUAUAUCCAAGACCGGACAACGGGAAAGAUAUUCGAGGUCAGGACUUCAGACCUGGUCAUCUCCAGGGAGUUGUCAGUUAGCUCUGCCUCAGUGGAUUUGAAUACAAACAUGGAAGUGAGUGAAGGCUUCUACUUCAGCAUCAUCAUCAGCUCAAUCAUGCACACUUGCAGAUGGAACAUGACAAAUACCAAUCUCGACUGAAUUACUUUCGGAGUCAACAGUCAGGCCAAUUUGGCCCCUAUCAAUGCCGAUCUGCUGUUCUUUGGAUCAACUGACACAGCAGCCGACCAAUACUACCUGGCGAACUACAACUUCUCCUCCUCCAGCCUGGCCUGGAAGAAGAGCAUUGCCUGCCCCACUUCGGGCUGAGUGAACAAAUUCAGCAGCUCUCUGAUGAGCAGAGAUAAAGAGUGGGUCUACACAAUGGUACUGUACGAUGGCAACUUUAUUUUCCAAAAACUCAGCACCGCCGACGGGAGUCCCCAAAGCUCAGGGCUGAUUUGGAACGACAGUGGGUAUUAUGCUAGUUACUGAAUGAAAGAGUUCAGUGGUUUCAUUGCCGUUCAGAUUCGCAGUUCCUCAUUAUUGCAUCAAAAAAGGUUGAUUCUGGUCUCCCCCUCGGCUGCAGAAGUUGUGAAGGAGUACAAGUCUGUGAGCUCGAGUGCUUUUGCAGUUGGAAGGUUGUUAUAUAAAGGCGAAGAGCUCAUGUUUCAUUCUGGAAGAAUAGAACCUAGUUACGCAUUCUUCUUUGCAAGAUCACCCACAAACAACAUUGGACAGCUUGCUGAGUUUGAAGAAGACACUCCUCUGUUCAGUCCAAUUACCACUUCCUAUCAAGUGUCGUCAACAACAUCAAACCCAAGCCUCACCACAAGCACGAAGACACUUACGAUCUCAACUUCAUCGUCCAUCACGACUACUGACAUCACGUCAUCGACAAAUCCUUCGUUCACCACAUACGUGGCUUUGUGGAACCAAGACCAUUUGAAAACUGUCCAGAGCAACGCUUCGGUGAAAUUGGAAUUCACCUGGGCCUGAGCUCAAUCAGCUAAUUACACUGCCAUCAGCUUUAGUCUGGCCCAAACUGGCUCAAAUACGAUACCUGAGUGGGUGCAAUUGGAUGCAGUCAACCAAGAGCUACACCUCAACACCACUCCCAAACUGACAGAAAAAAAGACUUUCUAUUUUUCACUGCAGAUCUCCUUCAACAGUGAAGUUCACUACAAGAAGUUUGAGAUCACUGUAGAAGAAUGAUCCAUUCAAAACUGCGAUCGAUGAACACUAGGAGACCAUAGCACUUGAGAGGCUUGAUCAGAUGGCUAUCAGAGCUCUGAUGACCAGACAUCUUGCUCUAAGGUAGCUGAAACUACAGCUGCUACCGAAACUAAAGCUGCGACUGCUAUGGUGGCGUUGGGUGUCACACUUGCUGGUGCUUCAUCUAUACUUUCAUUAUCAUCCAUCAACUCUAUCUUUAGCAUUAUGAACAGCCUACAACUGGCAAUAUUACUGCCCCUGGUUCCUGAGUAUUUUUCGCCCAAAGUUUUGGACUUUCUGAGCGGGAUGAGCUUUACAAUGCUCUCAUUCGACUUCAUCAAGAUCAAGGAUACUCCACUUGUCCAGGAUCUUACCAACUGGGCAUCAUUUUCUCAAUCUAAUGAGUAUUUAAACAGUAUUGGAAUGAGGACUGAAAGCUCUAUCAAUAAUUGUUCAUCACUGAUAAUCACUUUUAUAUUGAUAGGGGCCACUAACAUCGGUGUACUUCUUUGACAUUUGUGAUCAAGGAACUCGAAGCACAGAAAAUGACAGAAGUUUAUCAACAAAUUGCUAAAUUUCUUCACAUUCAACUUCUAUAUCAGGAUAUUCAUGCAAUCUUUGGCAUACAUAAAUCUCUCAAUAUUCUCUGAACUGUACGACUUCAACCACUCCUCAACAUCGAGAAUAAUAUCUCUUGGAUUUUGAAUCCUGCUCUGAUUGUUCACAAUAAUACUGUUUGCUUUCUCGCUCUUCAUGUAUUGAAAGUCUUUUCCCCAGUUGGAUGAAGACAAGUAUUGGCUAUGAGUUGAGUAUUUCAACGGAGUCAAGCCAACCAAAUACUCCAAAUUAUACUCGAGCCUGUUUGUGCUCUUGAGAGUAUUACUAAUUUCGCUUCUAAUAUUUGGGGAAUCUGCUCCGUCCCACGACAAAGCAACAUAUUUCUUCUGAGUUAACAUUGCUUUCUGGCUUUAUUUAAUCAUAGUCAGGCCAUUUGAGAAUCCUCAAGACAACAUCAUUGAAAUUAUCAAUCAAGCUCUAUUCUGUGUACUAGCUUUGUUGCUCUUAUGGAUAAAUUCAAAGGAAGACUGGACUCCGUUCAUUGAAAAGGUUUAUAUAACAGUAUUCACGGUGUCUCCAGUUAUAGGAAGCUUAAUAUGACUCUUAUUCUUGAUCAGAUCUGUGGAAAUUUACAGAAAAAAAUGCAGAGCUAGAAAAAGGAAGCAAAAUAUCGCUCCCAAAGAGCCAUCCUCUCGCAAUAGAGUGCCCCAGAUCCUCAAUGUCGAAAACCCAAGCCCUUCACCACAAAUAAAAAACCAGUCCUCGAGCAUGAGCAGAAGUAAUGCUCCUAUUGCAUUUCCUCAAGUCCCUCAGGCCACAGAGAACCCUCCAAAUCCUCAAAAUUCCCGAAAUAUCGUAAACAUUGACAAUCGGUCCCGUCAAGUAGAUCGUCCUCCAAAAAUUCGAAAAAUGAAAAAUAUGGGUUCUAACAAUUAAUUAUUUAAGAAUAUCUCAACUGU